CUUAUCUCUUGGAUGCGCUGGCUCGAGAAUCCAGUCGAGGGUCAUGGAGCUGGGUCUGGCCCUACGCUUCUCUGCGGCGCCUCCCUCCUCCGCGAGGGAGAGAGGAACUGUCCUCCGUCCUUCUCUGCCUCCUUCCUCCUCUUCGUCUCGCUUCCUCUUCCGCGAGGUCUCCUUCUCUCUCUCUUUCCGAAUCCCAUUUCGAUCUUCCGUCUCGCUGGCCAGAGCAAGCGCCGUCUCCCUGGAGAGCAGGCAUAGAAGUAGCCGCUCCACUGGAAGCGAUACAAUGGAUGAAAAGGACGAGGAAGAGGAGAUGGAGGAGGAGGAGGGAGAGUCGUCUUCUUCUGUUUCGAUUCUAUCUCUAAGCGAGAAGCCUGAUAGGAAUCUUGCGCUGCUCGACGAGUAUGAGCUGGAAGAGCUCGAGAAGGAUUCAGUUAACCCGAACCAUCGAAGCGGAUAUGUAGCUGUGUUAGGCAAGCCAAAUGUUGGAAAGAGCACUCUUGCAAACCAAAUGAUAGGUCAAAAACUCUCAAUUGUUACAGAGAAACCUCAAACUACACGUCAUCGUAUUCUUGGUAUAUGUUCUGGCCCUGAAUAUCAGAUGAUACUCUAUGAUACACCUGGUGUUAUUGAAAAGAAAAUGCACAAAUUAGACUCUAUGAUGAUGCAAAAUGUCCGAAGUGCUGCCAUUAAUGCUGACUGUGUGCUUAUGGUUGUCGAUGCUUGUAAGGUUCCUCAGAAGAUUGAUGACGUGCUGGAGGAAGGUGUUGGAUCUCUCAAAGAUAAGCUUCCUAUUCUGUUGGUAUUGAAUAAGAAGGAUCUGAUUAAGCCUGGGGAGAUUGCAAAGAAACUUCAGUGGUAUGAGAAAUUCACCGAUGUUGAUGAAGUCAUACCUAUAAGUGCCAAAUAUGGUCAAGGAGUGGAUGAUGUCAAGGAUUGGAUACUGUCAAAACUUCCUUUUGGUCCUGCUUAUUAUCCCAAGGACAUCACCAGUGAACACCCCGAGAGAUUCUUUGUGGCAGAAAUUGUAAGGGAGAAAAUAUUUAUGCAAUAUAGGAAUGAAGUUCCAUAUGCCUGCCAGGUCAAUGUUGUGAAAUAUAUGAGCAGGCCAACAUCAAAGGAUUUUAUUCAAGUUGAAAUUAUCGUUGAGAAGAACUCACAGAAGAUUAUUCUCAUUGGCAAGGAAGGAAAGGCUUUAAAGGUAUUGGCAACAGCUGCAAGGCUUGAUAUUGAAGAUUUCCUGCAGAAGAAAGUCUAUCUUGAGGUAGAAGUGAAGGUGAAAGAAAAUUGGCGGCAGGAUGAAGGCCUGUUGAAAUACUAUGGCUAUGGUGGUCAAAUUCAAGUUUUGUAAAUUGGUUUGCUUCCCACAUGAUCUUGUUAGAACUUGGAAGCUUCUUUUCCCAAGAUUAUGUGAGAAGCUGAUUACACUAUGGGCUUUGAAUGAUAGUACCAUUGUGGCAGCAAAACUCCAGCGAAGUACCAUCUCCCACCAUUGUUUGUUUUUCAAAGUUUUUAAGGUGACUGAGCUAUCAAGUUUCUCCUGUUCUUCAAAGGAGCAUAGCCUGUUCUGAUUCCUCAUGCUUCAUGAGGGGAGAGCGAAUGACUGAUGCAUGAAUUCUGCUGUUGAAGCAACCUGAAUCCUGCUUGUUGAAGCACCAUGAUAGAGCUUCUCAUCUCUCUCUAUGAUUUAUGGUUCAGUUUUUAGUGCUUCAUAGAGAAUAUGAGCACUUUAUGCGUGCUGAUAUUUCUUUCAUUUAGCUAGAAUUUCAAUUUGCUAUUGUAUUAUGAUAUUUCGUCUUUCUGAAUUUCCAAUUGAUAUGAUUAGGUGUGCUUGCAUUCUGGAGCCAAGUGGAUAUUCAUAGAUUUGCAAUUAAUAAUUUGAUACCCAUCAUCCUUGUGAGAACAUUUAACCUAUCUAAGUGAAUAAGCUUACCAUAACCUUGUUCUUUUUGUGUUGCAGUAAACAUUUGCAUAUAUCACAAAAGUUACACUAAAAAAGCCCAUAGGACAAGUCUCUAGAAGCUAUAUUUUGUAAAUUUCUAAUUUGAAUUUGUUUCACGCUAAGCAUACAUUUCUUCCUAUUUUAGUUUUGCGAAUCACCUUGAAAUGUGUAUAAUAGCUUUUACUUGACCUUGUUGCUCCUCUCAACGUAUAAUGGGAUCCGUAAAGCCAACAAGAUGUGAGGCAACAUUUCUAGGUUUGUGCCUCUUGGUUAAAAUAUAAAAAGCUGAUGCAUGGCAUUUAUUGAUUCUUAAAUGGAGCAAGCAUAUGCCAUAUGUUAGUUUAGUAAAAAUUUAUGAAUGUAAAUUAUAUGUUAGUUCUUUGAUUACUUGUUUUUCUGCCUUCACUUGGCAAUAAUUUUUUCAUCGAUCAUCUCGUCAUCUGCUUUGUCCGUGUAUCUUGUCAUCUGCUUUAUCUCAUGGACGAAAGUUUGCAAGGACUUGAAGAAAAGUUAGAUCAACGUUCAUGCUCUUUAUUUUCAACGAUUUGGAGAAUCAAAUUGUUGGAGAGGGUUUAUUCUUAGAAUUUCUCAUGAUGAAUUAUGUCUACUCACAGGUGAAUGUGGUUUCUAUGAUGAAGAGAAAACUCCAACUGGAGCAUUCUAUUAGGAAGUUGUCAAUACAAAUUCUCUUUUAUGAGCCAUCUCUCUUAAAAUUGCCUUGGCAUCAAAAGAUGGUCCUGUCUCAUGAAGGAAGAGUUUGCCAGGACUCGAAGAAAAUGAAUUGUGAAAGCUGCACCUAUGAUUGAGUGACUGUAUGAUUGCUCUCGUACCAACUGAUGGAUUGCACCGAAUAAUGAAAAGUUGCAUUAAAGUUUGUGUUCUAUGUAACUUCUUCUGUUUCAGGAACACCUCCUUUGUAUCAAAAAAAAAGCUUAUGCACUUUAUUUUGCAACAAUUUUGAGAUCCAAUUAUUAGAAGGGACCUUUUUAUUAGAA